AUGGAAUCGAAGAAUCUGGCGCUGGCGGAGGAGGCUGCGACGAGAUUGCGAACGAACGGGAUUAUGGAGCAGCUUGGCCCCCGGAUCUUUGACACACGCCCUUGGACUGGCGAUCACACGAAGCUUGCCGACGGCUUGCGAUUCGAGGCGGGCAUCCAAGCCGCCAUCAGCGGAGCGUUGGCGAUCCGAGGCGUUCCGCCCAUUAAUAUUCACCGCUCUGUCGGGGCCGCGUUACAAGACGCCUCUUUCAACAGCGCCGACGGCGGUUACGAUAUCUUGGAAGCAGAGCAUCGGGAAAUUGAGGGCCCACACGGAAGAUGGGGAAUUCCCGAGUCGCGGUCUGCGCCUCGCACAAUCUCUGACAUCACGGCCUUCGUGCGCAGUAUCGGCUUGACAGUUGAUCUUGAUGCUUGGUGGGAAAGUGGCGAAAGCGUGUCGCUCGAGGGGGAAGCCGCCCAGGCAGCUAUCGCGGUGAAUCUCAUGAUCACCACCGAGCGCUUCGCUUACGCGCCGCCGAUCAAAACGCACGGGCGCGACGGAGACGAGUUUAUUUUGGCGCCCGAUCUCGUGAAUACUGUAGAGCAUCUGGACGCUCAGAUGAAGCAGCUUCGCCAAGCGUUGGAGUCGCGGAGGCGGGUCCUGCAGUUUGGGGUCGCCCAGUCGGAGGAUCGCCUUCUCGCCGCGUACCGUCAUCUUUACAAAGGGGCGCCAGCAGCAGCCCCGGAGAUCAACAAAGUCGACAAGUAUUUCCUUGAGCGGGGCGAGAUUUAUGGUGGGACAGAGAUGAUGAAGACGUGGAUUGCAGAUAGAUCGAGUCGCGUCUCGGGCUUGCGUACCGCUUGA